GGCACCAGCACGCGCCGAGUGGGGGCUCGUGCACGCGCGGGCGCGCCAAGCUAGGCCAUUUUUUUCAAAGAUUGUUUUCCGCUCCCGCUCCCCAGCGUCUCUCUCUCUCUAGCUGUGUUCUGUGUGUGUGUAGAGUGUGAGGUAAAACUCGGCGCCGUCGACCCCGCACUUCUGCGUGAGAUUGCCACGCCGUGUUUGGUGUGAAAAGUGGUUGUUAGUUUUUUUUUAAAUUGUUAGCCCGAGGGAUAUAUUUUUAUUUUUUUUCCCCCCAACCCGCGCGGUCGUCCGGUUUCAUCGCGCUCGGCCCGUCCGCCGAGUCCGGGACCACCACCUUCUUCUCCUCCACCUCCUCCUCCUCACCUCGAGUCCCGAGCCCAUGGCGGCGGAGCCGGUGGCCGGUGGCGACUUCGGCCCCGGGCCUGGCCCCGAGCGAAUGCUCCGAGGUCUGAAGCGGGACGAGCCGGGUGAUGAGGCGACGGCCGAGGCGAAGAGACAGCGGCUGGAAGCGAGAGUGAACCCCGGAGAGAACGGGAUGAACAGCGAGGCCGCACAGGAUUCAGCACUGGAGUUCAAAGAUUGCACAGAGAGGACUGACCUUAUGGGUAGCCAGGAGCCAGCAGCCACCCCAGACGCUAUGGUACAGCCGUAUGCUACAGUUCCAUUCCCUGCCCCCCCUCCUCCUCCUCCUCCACAGAAUGGAAUUCCAACAGAAUACACUGUUCCACACACUCAGGACUACACAGGUCAGACGCCAGUCCCAGAUCAUAGUCUGAACAUCUACGCAUCCAGUCAGACCCUUGGGGAACAGAGUGGCACAAUUGCCAAUGUGCAGCCUGUAUCUGGAACCGCCACACAGACAGAUGAAGCAGCACAGACAGAUGGACAACAAACACAAAUCACAGAGAGCAGUGAGAGCAAACCCAUACCUAAACGGCUUCACGUUUCCAACAUUCCCUUUCGAUUCCGUGAUCCCGACCUCAGGCAAAUGUUUGGGCAAUUUGGUAAAAUCAUAGAUGUAGAAAUUAUAUUUAAUGAGCGUGGCUCAAAGGGAUUCGGGUUCGUAACUUUCGAAUCUAGUGCUGAUGCCGACAGGGCGAGGGAGAAAUUACACGGCACGGUGGUUGAGGGCCGUAAAAUAGAGGUAAACAAUGCCACAGCUCGUGUGAUGACUAAUAAGAAGAUGGUGAGCCCUUAUGCAAAUGGCUGGAAACUGAGUCCUGUGGUUGGUGCUGUCUACAGUCCUGAAUUUUACGCAGGUCCAGCAUCACUAUCAUCUUUACCCUUUCACCUACAUCCUGUUGCGUCCACAGCACUCAGUCCAACACACAAUGUUCCCGGAUUCCCAUAUCAAGCAGCCACUACUGCAGCUGCACUGAGAGGAGCCCUGAGAGGACGAGGCCGCGCAGUCUACAGCGCAUUCCGUGCAGCAGCACCUCCCACUGCCAUCCCAACCUACGGAGGAAUAGUGUAUCAGGAACCAGUGUAUAGCAGUAAGUUACCGCAGGGUGGAUAUGCAGCCUAUAGGUAUGCGCAGGGUGGGCAUAUGCUACCUAUAGCAUAUUCAGACAGCUAUGGGCGUGUGUACACGGCAGAUCCCUAUCACACACUUGCUCCUGCGCCUACCUACGGAGUCAGCGCUGUGGCUAGUUUAUACCGAGGUGGAUACAGUCGUUUCGCUCCCUACUAAAAGUGAUGUGAACUCCUGCAAUGGGAACAGCCCCUUCCCAAGGCCUGGUUGUUGCAAUAUUACAAGUAGUGGAACUUUAUAGCAACUCAACACGAAAAAAAAUACACGAGAAAGAGAGGAAAUCAUUACACAAGAGACCUACUUUUUUAUACCUCAUUAUGUUCUUCUAAACAUGUAUUUUUUUUCCUUAUGUUUAUGCCUUCAUUUUUUUUUGUUCCAAAGAUUGUGCAGACAGUUUUUAACUGUGGUAUAAAAGUGCAUUUCUUUGUGUGUGUAGUAACAUUUAUGAAAUCAUUUGACUCAAAAGACAGUCAAGAAAUUAAAAAAUAUUAGGCACAAAAGCAGUAGUCAAAACCAAAAGUGAAAUUGGGUGCUCAUGGGAAUCUGGUCCCAAUGGUGUGUGUGUAUGGAACAGCAGCGCCAAAGGAUUGUGGUUAUAAAGAAUCUUGAUAGGAGAGAGAAAGGCAGACAUAAUUGCCACUGAAUGGGAUCAGUCCAAAAUGAGGAGGAGAGGUAGAGGAAAGCUGGAAAUUACCCAAAUGUGAGUUGAUGGAAACAGUUUUAUGUUGUGCUUUGAUUUUUGUAGUGAGGAUAGCAACAGGUUCCAUCUAUUCAUCAUUUCCAGAGGUAAUCAGCAUGUUAAUUGUGCCUGUUUGUACCCAACUAAACGAUAGCAACAAAUGAAAUACAGGUUGCUAUCAAAAUGCAAAGUGGCUGCAACGUUAACUUUUUGUCCAUUUUUAUCAUUUGUUUAAGACACAUGCCACCUCGUCCUACCCUCCUCCCACUGGUAUGUAAAUUUAUCUGAACAAAUUUGUUUUUAAAAUGAUCUAGACUGAAUGCAUUAGGAUCCCAGCAAAUUCCAAAUGGAGGUUUUAUUGGAACCUCCUGGUGUAAAUGGGGCAGGUUUACACUGCACUGUCAGGUAGCACCAUUAAGUAAAGUGAUACAAUCCAGAAGUGUUGGCACUAAAUAUAUGCAUGUUUUAAUUGCAUCAGGUUAAUUGAAUUGUAUUACCCAAUUUAUUUGUUUUUUUUUUAAUGUGACCGAGGAUAUUGCUCAGACUGGCUGACACUUUUGCAUUCAGCAGAAUUACAUGCAAAUUUAAUGCAGUUUCUAAAUCAAACUUUCUGUUAACUCUAAUCGUCAUCAUUGGAUUUUGGCUGCUUUGUGAUCUUUGUUUCAUUUACCUCUGCCUUCGGUGAGUACCUAAACGAGCAGGGAGAUGCUGCACAGAAAAUGGUCAUCUGGCGAAAGACGACUCUAGCUCCACCUCUGCCUGGGGGGGUGCGAGCUGGAAGGAGCGAUGUGAAUAGGCUAGGGAUUGAGAGCUUGCAGCAGCAAACGUGUGGAAGGAUGGUCAGCCACACAGUAGUAUCAUGUAAAAAGAGGUAUGAAUUCCACAAAAUGUCAGCUGGCAUUUCACAGGAAUUCGUGUUGUUAUUUCAGAUGUUAAACUUUUUUAAGAAGUUAGCUGAGCAAAUGUGUGAGGGUUAGUCACUGAGGCUGCAGGUCAGAUUGAUUUAUUCUGCACAUCUGGGGCUGGCGUGGACCUAUCCAUUCUGCUCCGAUGUUCCUGGGGCUUUGCUGUCUGUUUGAGAACCCUGUUAUAUCUCCACACUGGGAGAUCUGGGUUGAACGAAGUAUACUUCCACAGUUCAGACAGCACAGUUGUUGCCAGAGCUUCUGAUCAUGCAGUAUCCCCCCCCAACACAGUGUACACUGCACCGGCUUAGUAAGCUAUUUAAAUAAAAUCAAUCUUUGUUAAAAGAAAAAGGGACACUAGUCGUAGAAACCACACUGCCGCCCUUAAAUUAUGAUUUUUUUUUGCAAGCCAAAGCAUGGUUUGUCGCUGUAUGACAAUUAUGUUUUUUGUAUAUAAAAUAUUUUAGUUGUCGUUAUAAUGGGGAAACAUUCACAGAAAAGUCUCAUCACAGAGGAAGGAAAUUAAAAUGGGAAUGUGGUGUGGUGCUUGACAGCAUCUCCUGAUAGUGCUCCAGUUAGUUUAAUUGCGCAUAUAAAAUGCUACCAUAGAAAGAAAACCUAGAAAUCACAGAUGGCUUGUAUUAAUGGGAGUUGCUAUUCUGUGUCACACCAGAUUCAAUAAUCGCUUUCAUUCCUAUGACUACAAAUCAUAUUCUUUUACUUAGGUUAACUUUUAUAUUAUAACCAGUGAACAUGUUAGUAAGUUAGUACUGCAGCUGCACUCUACUCUAUUGACUACCAAGUAACCCAAGGGUAUUGUUCUCUAUCCUUGUCUUUGUUUUGUAAAAGCCUCGGGGCAGUUGUAGAAUAGGCAGAAUGUUUGGAGGGAACAAUUUCUGAGUAGAGUAGAUGUUUUUUUAAUCCUCUUUUUAUUUGUCAAAAAGACCUUCUUGCUUCUAGCAGGAAUUGGCCAUGUCCAGUCAACAGCUUGUCGCAUGGUAAAAGUCCAACAGCCCGUCCAUCAGAUCAGUUUCUAUGGGACAGACCCGUUUUAUUUGUUUUGUGUUGUGCAUGCGUGUGUGUGUGUGUGUGUGGUUUUUUUUUUUGGACGGGACCCAUGGCUGUAUCCCGACUGGAAUAGGAAACCCUUGGUUGUUAGCAGUAGGAGUCAUUAUCACAGCGGCAUGGCUGAUGCAGAUACUUGAACCUUUUAAUCAUUUCAGCCUUUUUGUAAACAACAUUUAUUUCUUUCCAUUUACUUCUAAUACAGUUCACCCGACACAAUCACAAUCCCUUUUCCUCACCAACACCCCCAUCCUCCUGGCCCCCCCCCCCCCCCCACCCCAGGUAAUCAAGGAUAGGCUUCAUCUCCCGCAGCUGGAGGGGUGUAUGAACCAUGUAAGAGAAGAGAACUUGCUCUCCGAGCUCCGAUCAGAGGUGAGCGGUGGGAUGGGGGAUCUGGAAGUUGUGCUGUGGUGCAGGCGUGGGAAAGGGAAUAAAAUAGGAGAAAACACUAAACAGAACUUUCUUUAAAAAAAACAUGUGCAGGUGGUAUUUAAUCUUGCUAGAAAGCUAGCAUCAACACUGUCCUGACCCUGAUCCACCUUGUUUGUGAACGUUUCCCUGGAAGGUAUGGUAUAUCGUAUAGUAGCUUCAUCACCGAGCAGUAUUCAUUGGGUUAUAAUUAGAUAUAAUCAUGAAUGUUAAGUAGAUAGGACAUGGACUAUUAUUCCUUUUGUAUUACUUCCCAUGUAUAAAUUAUUGAUCUUGUUGCUGGCUUUUAUAAACUCGAAGGAGGGCACACCCUUCCCAACAGUAAUAAAGCACUGUUUUUAAAAUAAAACAAAAAUGGUGAGAACAC